AUGGCUGCCGAGAAGCAAAAGUCAAUACCUCGUACGAAUGGAAAACUAAUGACAAUUCUCAGCAUUGAUGGCGGCGGAAUCCGAGGUAUUAUCCCAGGCACCAUCCUUGCCUUCCUCGAAGAAGAGCUUCAGAAACUUGAUGGUCCGCAAGCAAGAAUAGCGGACUAUUUCGACGUGAUCGGAGGGACAAGCACGGGAGGAAUAGUGACGGCCAUGCUCACCACACCAGCUAAUGGUAAGGGUAAUGGUCGUCCAAUUCCAGCUAAAGACAUCAACAAGUUCUACUUUAAAGAAGGUCCAAAAAUAUUCUCCAACGAGGCUAAAUUGGCCACACAACAGAUCAAUGGAUGGGGAGAGCCAAGUGGGGUCUUUGGUAAGAUCGUCUCGCAGAUAGUAAUGGCGGGAGUGUGGACAUUCACAAGGCUCAAAGCACCAGAAUAUGAUGGGGUUCACCUACGUACGAAGAUCAAAGAAAUAUGUGGGGCCAGACUCUUGGCCGACACUCUCACUAAUGUUGUAAUCCCUGCUUAUGACAUGCAAGACCUGUGUCCAAUCAUCCUCUCUACUCAACAGGCGAAAAAGAACAACUCAGAGAUAAAAUUGGAAGACGUAGUUGUGAGCACAUCAGCAGCACCUUCUUACUUCCCUUUCAGUAAAUUCGAAGCAGAUGGUAAAGAACACGUUCUUGUUGAUGGGGGAAUUGCUGCCAACAACCCUACAUUGCUAGCAAUACGUGAAGCAACAAAGAUUUUAGAGAAGGAAAAUGGUAGGAACUACAGUGCUCAACCAGAUGACAACAACUUUUUAGUUCUGUCUUUGGGAACUGGCUCAGCUGAAAAACGGAGCGGUCAUAAUAUUGGCCUCGGAGGCCUGUUAGAUUGGUCGUUCAGCUUCGAAAAGGGGUUGUCGCCUUUGUUUGAUGUCAUGUUUAGGGCAGCUGAUGACAUGAUAGACAUUUACACAUCCCUUAUUUUGGGAAACCACAAUGCUCGACAUAACUAUCUUAGAAUCCAGGAUUACACAAUGAAAGCCGACGAGGUGAAAACAGACGAUAGACUGGCUUGCCAGACAUAG